AUGGUUUCCCAAUCUUCUGGGAAGGCUAUUGAGCAUAUCGGCACUCGCGAUGCCAAUGGUACUUCUAAGCAUCGCGAGAAAUUUACCCACAAUGAAACACCGGAAGACGAUAUUCAACCUAUUCGAGACUCGGAAUCCUCUUAUAGAGCUGUUUUACAAUCACGAAAGCCAAAAGACGCGAGCAAUUGUUUGCCAACCAACCCAAUUGACGCUCAGGGCACUAAGCUUGGAAACGCACAAGAUCCUUAUGGUCACCUCCCACCUCACCAGGCUGACAUCCUCAAGCGCCAGAUCGUCAUUCCGGAGGGUGAUCAUGGAAUCAAAGCCAUCUACCGAUAUGCCACGCGUAACGACGCCAUCAUCAUCAUCGUCUCCUCUCUUUUUGCAAUAGCAUCGGGCGCGGCCAUGCCACUUAUGAACAUCGUUUUCGGUCGCCUUCAAAACACCUUUCAGGGUUAUUCGAAUGGUACAGACGGUGGUCAAACGCUUAAGCACGGCGAUUUUACUAACCAGAUGACCAAGUUCGUCCUCUACUUUGUCUACCUCGCCGUUGGCCAGUUUGUUGCCUCGUUUGUCUGCACCGUGGGCUUCAUCUACACCGGCGAGCACAUUACAGCCAAGAUCCGUGAACGCUACCUUGCGAGCUGCUUGCGCCAAAAUAUCGGGUUCUUCGAUAAAACGGGGACGGGCGAGGUUACAACACGUAUAACUGCUGAAACUAAUCUGAUACAGGAUGGCAUAUCUGAAAAGGUAUCGUUGACUAUUGCCGCGAUCGCCACAUUUAUCACAGCUUUUGUCGUGGGAUUUAUUACGUAUUGGAAGCUCACUCUGAUCUUAUCGUGCGCUCUAUUUGCGCUGCUAUUAAGCACCAGCAUUGGCUCGAGAUUUGUGCUCACGAACAAUAAGAUCUCUCUCGAAUCCUACGCACAAGGCGGUAGCCUCGCCGAAGAGGUUAUUGGCUCUAUUCGCAAUACCAUCGCUUUCGGAACUCAAGACCGAUUAUCUAAGAAAUAUAGCACUUAUCUUGAUAAAGGAGCCAUAUAUGGAUAUAAGAUGCAAAUUUCCAUGGCAUGCAUGUCAGCCAUGAUGUGGUUGAUCCUUUAUCUCACCUACGCACUAGCUUUCUGGCAGGGAAGCAAAUACGUGGUGGACGAGGUCAUUCCGGUAUCCAAGCUUUUAAUCGUCGUGUUCUCCAUCAUUAACGGCUCAUUCUCUCUGGUAAAUGUCUUGCCGUAUGUCCAAGCAUUUACGACGGCUAUUGCGGCCAUGGGAAAUAUUGCGAAUACUAUCAAUCGUUUAUCACCACUCGAUGUGACGAAUAAUGAGGGCAAGACGCUGGACUACGUGGACGGCAACCUUUAUCUAGAGAAUAUCCAGCACAUCUACCCAUCACGUCCCGAAAUACUAGUCAUGGACAACGUGACCCUCGAGAUUCCAGCUGGCAAGAUCACAGCUUUAGUCGGCGCUUCAGGCUCAGGCAAGAGCACAAUUUUCGGUCUGAUUGAACGUUUUUAUGAACCAAUUAGCGGCGUUAUAUACCUCGAUGGUUAUGAUAUCAGUCAGCUGAACUUGAGAUGGCUUCGUCAACAAGUGGCUCUAGUCAACCAGGACCCUACACUCUUUAGUACCUCUAUCUAUCACAACAUCCGCUACGGUCUUAUUGGCACAAAGUUCGAAUAUGAAUCUGAAAUCAAGCAAAGAGAGCUUAUUAUAGAAGCAGCCAAAAAGGCAAAUGCGCAUGACUUUGUGACUGGUCUUCCCCAAGGUUAUGAGACCAAGGUGGGCGAGAAGGGCUUUCUCCUUUCUGGUGGCCAAAAGCAACGCAUUGCGAUUGCCAGAGCGAUUGUAUCGGACCCAAAAAUUCUGUUACUUGACGAGGCCACCUCUGCGCUCGAUACGAAAUCCGAGAGUGCUGUACAGAUCGCCCUCAAGGCCGCCGCGGAGGGACGUACUACUAUUUGCAUUGCUCACCGUCUUUCUACUAUCAAAGGCGCUCAUAAUAUCGUCGUCAUGUCUCAGGGUCGUGUCGUCGAGCAGGGCACUCAUGAUCAUCUACUCAAUAAGAAAGGGCCGUAUUAUGAUCUAGUAAUGGCACAAAGUAUAUCCAAGGCCGAUGAUGUGACGGAAGAUGGUGAAGAGUCUCUGAAUGAAAAAGAGGAGCAACUUAUUCGCAGUAUGCCAAAAGGCCGCGGGGAGGAUGUCAGAGUUCAUCUUAAAGAGUCGGUCGGGUCUGAAGCUUCACAAACGGCAAAUUCAACCUAUGGGGAAAACACGGCUUACAGCCUAUGGACAUUAAUAACCUUGAUAAGGUCAUUCAAUCAUCCAGAAUGGAAGGCUAUGCUUCUCGGCAUUUUUUCUUCGAUUCUCUGCGGCGCAGGUUUCCCCCUCAUGUCAGUAUUCUUUUCCAAGCAGAUUUCCACAUUAUCUCGCCCUAUCAAUGAUCAAACCCGCCAUACAAUAAAAAAGGACUCCGACUUCUGGAGUGCCAUGCUCUUGAUGAUUGCCGUUGUUGAGUUUAUAGCAUAUGCAAUAAACGGCUCCGCGUUCGCAUUAUGCUCUGAGAGACUGAUCCGGCGGGUAAGGGAACGUUCGUUUCGUACUAUACUGCGGCAAGAUGUUGCCUUUUUCGACAGAGAUGAGAAUACCUCUGGGGCUCUAACAGCGUUCUUGUCUACCGAGACAACGCAUGUGGCCGGCCUGAGCGGCGUUACACUAGGGACUCUGAUAUCGAUGACCUCAACCCUUCUUAUUGGUAUCGUUAUGUCUGUAGCUAUCGGUUGGAAGUUGUCUCUGGUUUGCCUAUCUACUAUGCCUGCUCUUCUCGCCUGCGGGUGGUAUCGGUUUUGGAUACUAGCCCAAUUCCAGCAGCGCUCAAUAUCUGCAUAUGCCUCAUCAGCCUCCAUUGCAUCUGAGGCAAUAUCCUCCAUACGCACUGUCGCUGCCCUUACACGCGAGCAUGAGGUGUUGCAUGAAUAUAGAGAAGCACUUAUGGCACAGCAGCAUAGGAGCCUUAUAUCAGUCCUUAAGUCGAGUGUUCUCUUUGCGGCAUCACAGAGUUUAAUAUUCCUCUGCCUUGCCCUGGGUUUCUGGUAUGGCGGUACCCUGAUCGGUAAGGGCGAGUACGACCAGUUUCAAUUCUUCCUCUGUCUCCCUGCCGUCAUAUUCGGAUCCCAAUCGGCUGGAACUAUCUUCUCCUUUGCGCCAAAUAUGAGUAACGCACAUCGGGCUGCCACGGAACUCAAGAGGUUAUUUGACCGACAGCCGACAAUCGAUACGUGGUCAUGCAGAGGAGAACGCCUUGGAACGAUUGAAGGCGAAAUUGAAUUCCGUCAGGUAUAUUUCCGCUACCCAGAGCGACUAGAGCAAUCAGUACUUCGUGGGCUCAGUAUUUUUAUCAGACCCGGUCAAUACAUCGCUCUUGUGGGGAGUUCCGGUUGCGGUAAAAGCACAGCAAUCAGCCUCUUGGAAAGAUUCUACGACCCUCUUGCUGGGGAGAUUUAUGUUGAUGGUAGGGAUAUUAGUACCCUAAAUAUCACGGAUUACCGAUCCUUUAUCUCUUUGGUAAGCCAAGAGCCGACGCUUUACCAGGGCACAAUCAAGGACAACAUCACCUUAGGCAGCCCUAGUGGCGACGUAUCAGACGAAGCGAUCGAAUUCGCCUGCCGUGAAGCCAAUAUCUACGAUUUCAUCGUAUCACUACCAGAUGGAUUCAACACAAUUGUCGGAAGUAAAGGCGCGCUACUCUCUGGCGGCCAAAAGCAGCGUAUUGCCAUUGCUCGCGCUUUGAUUCGCGAUCCCAAAAUCCUGCUAUUAGACGAAGCGACAUCAGCUUUGGACUCUGAAUCUGAGCAAAUAGUGCAAGCAGCACUAGACAAGGCGGCCAAGGGUCGAACGACUAUCGCAGUGGCUCAUCGGCUAAGUACUAUACAGAAAGCCGAUCGUAUCUAUGUAUUUGACAUGGGUAAGAUCGUGGAAGAGGGGACGCAUGCCGAUUUAAUGAAGAAGCGUGGCAGAUAUGCCGAGCUUGUUAACCUGCAAAGCCUUGCUGGGGAUGCUUAG